UGGGCGAUUGCUUUGUUUGUUUUCCCGGACUUUGGGCAAUCCCUUUGAUGAGCCGCCGGUCUUUGGUCCUUUUGUCCAACCCACCGAUUGCUGAACUCAUUAAUUUUGUCAUUUAUUAUUUUACCUUGCCGUGCCGUGCUUGCUAAUACUAACUCAGCGCCCGAUGUUUUAAACAUGUACUACUACCUAUUGCUCCAUGCUAGAAGGCAGAGUGAGUUUUGACAGUAGUGUUGAAGUUACCAUCUGAGCAGGAAGUUCGUUUACGUCAAUCCUCUAGGAUAUUAUAAACUUACUGUCUUUUCCAAAAGAAAACAAAACUGAAGUUACAGCUUGAAUAUUCAGUUCAACCUCUGCCGUUUGUGUUUGGAUAGUGGAACACACAAGGAUAUUUGUUACUCAAAACAAAAAUUUGUGCAUAGGACACAUUUUGUAGGUCAACUGUAAAGUUGGUACAUUAUGAAGGAAGCAGUGAUGGAGUGCUUACGAUGUAUCCUGGCGUUGGUCUGUGUUGGAUUCGGACUUGUGAAGCAUAGCCAAGCAUUGAUUGAUAACUCAUUCCGGUCCUCAUCUUUGGAAUCCUCAUCCUCCUCAACGACAAUACGGAUGACAACAUCAUUAUCCUCCACCCCACUGGUGCUCCCAGACCCCCGGUUGUCCCACUGGGCCCGGGCUGCAAGCGACUACCUCCGUAGUCUGGACUGCACCACGGUGACUUUCACCUCGCAGAGCGAGUGUCAACGACUCCAAUCUCUCGACACCAGGCAGAUGAACGUGUACCUAGCAGGACCUCGGAGCAGGGAUACCCUGGUAGCGGUGCUACCGGACGGCGGACUGAGUAGGGGCAAGAGUCACGAUGCUGUUCUGGUGAUUGACCCGUAUCCAACGGCCGCUUUUGGACAUCUCGUCAUCGUUUUCUCAUUGGACUUGGAUACAGACUGGGAAGAAUGCCGCAAUCGUCUGGGAUGGUAUAUUGGUGAUGGAGAGUGUAUUCAGAUUAUUGAGAAGCGAAGAUGUCGCAACAAACUCCACCGUAAGACGGGUCGUAGACGCUGUGAGAUUAACUUUCUUCCACUCGUCCAUCUGGAAGGAGAUGACGACACUGAGCAGCAAUUACGUUGUUUCUCCAAUGUUGGAUCUUUCGGAGCUUGCCCACAGUACCGGUCGGACACUGGGAACUAUACCAACCGAUGUGAGCUGUCUCAUAACACUUACAGAUGUGAACUACCAGUGCAACAUGUCAUCGCAAGGUGUAAGAUCUACGAGAUAUGCGAUCAGGCUGUGUUGAUAUCCGGCGGCUGGAACAGGCAGACUAGUCAACAACAUAACGUGCAGAACAUCCGUGGGGUUUAUUCCAUGUUGAGAGAACAUGGGUUCAAAAGGCCAAACAUCAAGACAUUCUUUGCAGAUAGUGGCGAUAUCUUACUGGAAGAAGACGAACUUAGCAACCGGAACUCCUACCCAGCAACCCAGAAAGACGCCAUCAGGAACCACAUCAGCACUUUGUGUAGAGUCACUAAUUGUGUGGAAACUUUGGUCAUCUACCUAAAUAGCCCAGUAAUGAAUGAUGGAACCAGUCUACUGUGGGAUACGGACAGUGAUGGAGUGGCCUCAGAAACCGAAACCUACACAGCAUCCGAAUUCCUCGGAGACAUCGAAGAUUGCCGAGCAAAACGGAUAUACGUCAUCGCUGACCAGAGCUUCUCUGGUUUAUUGGCCGAGACUAUCAUUACGUCAGAGAAGCAUAAUAAUGUUGUUGUGUUCGCCAGUGGUGGCGCUACAGAGUAUUCUUGGAACGAUGAGCUCACGUGGCAGUGGGUAGAAGCUAACCAUACAACGCAAUGUGUGGAUGGAAUAUUUGAGGACUACGUUGACACGAUGACGUCACUACCCAUCAUGGCGGAGGGCGGUUUCAAUGCAGCUAACAGCACAAUCUUCGGUGCGCCGUGCAACACGUUACCGUUCUUCACUCAACACGAGAUUAAACUAAACUUCAUGGGCUGUCAGAACCUUCCAAUGAAAUGGUGGCUGGUCAAGUUUAAGGAGUCCAGGAACUCAAGGUCGUAAAACGGCCGUGAAUUCAGCUUUUUGUAUUAUUUGAAAAUACUCUUUUUAUCUGUGUGAGAAAUAUCUCAGUUUCUGUUGUAACUUGGUUGAGAAUUUCUUUUCUCAUAAAAGACUUCACUAUGUAAAAGAAACGUGCAUUCUUCAAAAAUGAAAAUUUUUGGUGUAAGGGGCGUUCUUGAUCCCACUUUUUGUGAAGUAUGAAAUUGAACAAUGACGUCAUAGUGGAUUGCGUCCCCAGUUGCGUCUUCAAUGGGCUGCAAAAGGUUGUAUUCAACAGAGGGCGCUCUCAGACGAACUACCUACGCCACUUGCCGUGUAGGAACAGAAUAUCCUGUAAUACUUAAGCUGGAGAUUCUGUCCCCGCAUGGGAAAUUAAUGUGGGAUGAUUCAAAAGAGGGCGCUAUCACAAGAAAUGUGUACACAGUUUGCCAUAUUUUUUAUGGUGGACCGAAUCUCCAAGGUGACGGAACCUCCUGCCACGACGGCACUAAAGUUGUUUCAAUGAAUGAAGUUUGAAGAAAUGGAAAUUCAGAUUGAUUGACAUAUUUUUCACGCAGAAAUGGUUUAGUUGUAAAAAUGUAAAUACAGAAAAUUAAUUGGUAUAUAUCAGUGUAUAGUUACCCAACGACGAUGCUUACUUUGCUAAUGCUGCCCCCACCUUUAAAUAAAUAAUGACUAAAUUAUUGUCAAAAUCAUGUAACUUUUUGACCAAAACACUUAUUAGCCAUUCGCUCGGCCCAACGGCUUAAUCGAAGCAACUGGGAUGGACCAAAUAGACUCGGCCCCUGUCUUUAAAGCCUGAAGCCUUUUGGGCCACAUCUGAAUAAAUUUGUGCAAAAAUUGUGAUUUCUCUUUCAUUAUCCUCUUGCAACUUCGAGAACCAAUUGAGUCACAUUUUUUCCUCACAUAUUUGUUAUGUCAUGCAUGUUGAGAUACAGCAAGUGAGAACACUGGUCUUUGGUAAUUACCAAUAGUGUCCAGUGCCUUUAACGGGAACAGGUGACCGAGCAUAAAUUGGCCAUGGAGAAUGUUCCAAUGCGCAUGUGUAAACGUAGUUCCCACUUGCAUGAACGUUGAUGACGUCAUAAACACAUAAGCACAAAACAUCCGCCGUUGUUCGUUUGUUUUAAAGCAUUUGACUUGUAAGUGGCCGUUUCGAUAAACAGGUUUGAAGUAAACUUCUUCAUCAUUUUCAAAAGGCGUCAUGAACAGUUUGUACCAAAAAAACUAAGUCCAGUCGGAAAGCUACUCAAAAGUUGUAUAAAUAUUCUUCUGACGACUGACUGACAUUUAUUAUCAUGAAGCUUGGAAGCAAGAUAAACCUUAGCCUAUUUGCUGAGCAAACAGACCUGGAAACCAGCUGAAAUAAUGUAACCUAUACCUGAGCUGGUAUCCUGUUUCCUGCUAAGCAAUAUCUGUCAUGUGCUUAGCAAGUGCGAGUGCUUCCGAGCUUUUGUUCCCAUUUUUGACCGACUUGUAUUCAUAAGCUAAUCUUACAAAAACUUGAGAUUUUAUCUGUGCUGUAAAUAUUACAGUUUCCUCGUAAAAGUAUGUAAAUCAUAUUGUAUUAUAUUAAGGUGUUAUUAAAAACAAAAAAUAAGUAUUAUAAAAAAUGAUUUUAUGAUGCAUUCUUUCU